GAAGGAGUACAUAAACCCUGAGUCCUGGACUUUUCUCAGUCUAGGGCUGACUCUCCUGACUCCAUCUGCUCCAUAGACCUCCCAGCAUGUCUCUUCUAGUGGUGCAUGGCCUCCUCCUGGGCUUUAUGUUCUCUUUGAGUUCCUCUGCUGUCAUCUUAGACAAUGGCAUGCCUAUACUUUGGACACAAACCGCAAGUCAAGUCACCGAACUCCCUACGCUAAAUGGGAUUGUAACGCCAAAUCCCUGGAAUUACCUGCAGCGUAUGAGUCUUUACCGGCUGCUGGUAGCUGCGACUGACCCCUUCACGGAGUACAUGAGAACAAACCCUACAGAUGGUCCAAUGUGGGGGCUGCCGCUGCAGCUGGGUUGGAUGCUGACUUCAGGUCGCCUUGUUGAUCCAACCGGAGCCUCGACCUGCGGCUUGCAGACAGGAGAUCCCAUGUGCAUCUCAGCACAGAGCUGGUGGGGCUGUAUGAACUACUUCACCUCUGCACUUCCUUUCCUGUCUGCAGCCCAUAAUGGCCUAUUAGGACAAGAUGUUGAAGUUCAGCUGCAGGCCCCUGACGGUGCCGAUGGCUUUUGCACCACCUACACUGACUGUUUAGCUCAGUAUCCUGAUGCCAUGGCAAAGUGGGAUGCCUUCUUUCAGGCUAUCAAGGUCACCGACUCUCCCCUUCCAGUCGCCGAACACACAGACAACAUCCUUGGUGUGUACUGGCAAGCUCAAAUGGCUUCCCUCUCUGCUUCUGCGGUUUGUAAUCCCAGGCAGAGCCACUACUCCUCUGAGGAGGUGUCAUUUGCCAACAGCUGGCUGAACUCAGCUGAGUACGUAUCUGCGGUACACUUCCACUCCACCCUGGAGAAGACCGUGUUGUUCCUGAAUCCUCUGCCAAGUCGAGUUUUGCGGGAGGGAGAUGCGGCUCCUAAUAUUGCAGAUCUCAGUCAGGAGGAGAACCACACGCUGUCCACUUUCUCCUGGAUGAAAAGCAUCAACAGUAUUCUUGGUGGCUCCUUAGUGCGCAUGUGGAAAGGCGCCAUGUGCUCCGUGGCCACGAGAGAGAAAGGCAGGGCGCUGCUGGAGCAGCUAAUACUCAAUCCCAGCUUCGCCACCAGCACUCUACUGUCCAUCAUUCCAGAGAUAGCUUCAAGCUGCUGAGACAGACGGGAAAACCGGGACUCUGCUGUUCUAGUUUCUACUCAGAUCGAGAGACGUUUGACAUCAGUAUCUGUCAGAAGUGUUUGUAUCUAGGUCCAUGACUCUGAGUACCAGACUGCCUCAAAAGCACCUUUGUUCUCUUAUGAAUAUGUAAAACAUUAAAAAGCCAUUCCACCGUU